AUGACUGGCUCACCUUGCUUACGGAUUCAAAAGAAAAAGCAUAUGGAUGACUUUACAAAAGGAAAAAUUAUUGCUUUAUAUGAAACAAAAAUGACACUUCGGGCAAUUUCUUUGAAAGUUGGGGUACAUGAGGCCACAGUGUCUAAUUUUAUCCAACGAUACAAAAAGAAUGGCACAAUCCAUCGGAAACCAGGAUCUGGAAGGCCAAAAAUACUUGAUAAAAAUGAUUUGAAAGAAUUGAUAAAGUAUUCGGAAGAAAAUCCAACAAAAACAUCUAAAGAGAUCUCAAGUGAAAUGACGAAACUAACCAAUAAAGCAAUUUCCUCAAGAACAGUUAUAAGAAAUCUUAAUGAAAAUGGUAUAUUUGGACUCAACAGCCUACCGAGAUCAGUUGCAAAAAUGGGACUUAAUGACUUUGUUUUUCAACAGGAUAAUGCACCGUGUCAUACAGCGAAGUUAAUCAUGAAUUAUUUUGAUAAAGAAAAUAUAAAAACACUAGACUGGCCAUCCCAGUUACCUGAUCUAAAUCCAAUUGAGCAUUUAUGGGCUCAUAUAAAAGCGGAACUCAGUAAAAUCGAUUUGAAAAAUGCUGAAGAAUUAAAGCAGGAACUUCUUCAUAUUUGGGGAAAUACAGUGAAUCCUCGCAAAUUGGCCAUUUUUGUAAUCAGCGAAACAUCAUUCUCAUUUUCUGCAUUACAGUAA